CAAGAAGCACGCAGGGUUAACUUGCCUAUGUCACAUCAUGCGUUCAAAAGCCCCGCCCUAUUCUAUGAUGUCGAAAGGUUUGAAAAUCACCCCAUUUUAAGCCACUCCCCUAAGCAGCACAUUGAAAUUCUGCAAAUUACUCUAGCCUCACAUGCAUUUGCAAUCAGACAGUGUCCAGCUUUACAAGGGUCCCCUGAUUUUUUUUUUAAAGCACAUAAAGGACAAGCUGGCGAAGACCUGCCAGCCAAGCCAACAAGUAAAGAGGGGGGGAAAAGAAAGAACGAACUACAGAAUGAGACGAGUGCGAUGUACAGAGUCUUUGCUAGGGCUGGUGCUGCUUGUAGCUCUCAAGCACGUUACUGCCAGUUCAGAAAUGGACAAAUGCGGCAAGAACGAGUUCCAGUGUGGGGACGGAAAGUGCAUUGCUUACAAGUGGGUGUGCGAUGGGCGUUCCGAGUGCCACGAUCAUUCAGACGAGUCUCUUGAAACCUGCCAAUCUGUAUCAUGCAAGCCAGGGGAGUUCAGUUGUGGAGGUCGCAUCAAUCGAUGCAUCCCUAUGUCUUGGAAGUGUGACUCCCAGGAGGACUGUCAGAAUGGUGCUGACGAGCUGGACUGCCCCCCCAAGACCUGCGCUGUCAACCAGUUCCAGUGCCGGAAUGGGAAGUGCGUCUCCUUGGAUUUUGUCUGUGAUGAAGAGCAUGACUGCGAGGAUGGGAGUGAUGAGGCUGAUUGCCCCACCCCAACCUGCAAUCCUGAGAUGUUCCGCUGCAACAGCUCCCUGUGCAUCCCCAAGCUGUGGGCUUGUGAUGAUGACCCUGAUUGCCCUGAUGGCUCUGACGAGUGGCCCCAGUACUGUGGACAGCGGGCAACGACAAAGGCAGUUGACACGUGCUUCCCAUUGGCAUUUCGCUGUGGGAGCGGGGAGUGCAUCCACAUGCGGUGGCAAUGUGACGGCAGCUUUGACUGCAGGGACAAGUCGGAUGAGGCCAACUGUGCUAAGCCCACAUGUCGCCCAGAUGAAUUUCAGUGCAACGACGGGACUUGUAUCCAUGGGAGUCGCCAGUGUGAUAAGGAGUAUGACUGCAAGGACUUGAGUGACGAGGUCGGCUGUGACAAUGUGACAUCCUGCAAAGGUGUGAACAUGUUCAAGUGCCACUCUGGGGAAUGCAUCUCUAUGGACAAAGUAUGUGACAGGCAGAGGGACUGCAGGGAUUGGUCUGAUGAGCCCAUCAAGGAGUGUGAUAUGAACGAAUGCCUGGACAGCAAAGGUGACUGCUCCCAUAUAUGCAAAGACCUCAAGAUUGGGUACGAGUGUUUGUGUCCCGAUGGUUUCCAGCUGGUCGAUGGGAAAAAGUGUGAAGAUAUUGACGAAUGUCUGGACCCCGACACCUGCAGCCAGCUCUGUGUGAACCUGGAAGGAAGCUACAAGUGUGAAUGUGAUGAAGGAUACCAGAUGGACCCUUCUACUAAGACCUGCAAAGCAGUAGGUACCAUCGCCUAUCUCUUCUUCACUAACCGCAGGGAAGUGCGGAAGAUGACUUUGGACCGCAGUGAAUACACACAUCUGUUGUCCAACUUGAAACACAUUGUGGCCUUGGACAUGGAAAUCACCAGGAAUAUGCUCUACUGGUCUGAUAUGUACCACAAGAAAAUCUUCAGUGCCCAGAUGGACAAAGCUGACAACAGCACCAACCACACCACUGUGAUCAGUACAGGCAUCCAAGCCCCAGAUGGACUUGCAGUUGACUGGAUCCAUAAGAACAUCUACUGGACAGACUCUGAGCUGGGGACUGUCUCUGUAGCCAAUACAUUGGGCUCCAAGAGAAGAAUCCUCAUCAAGGAGCAGGGCGCAAAACCACGUGCCAUUGUGGUCGACCCAGUUCAUGGCUUCAUGUACUGGACUGACUGGGGGAAGUCUCCUAAAAUCGCAAAGAGUGGCCUGAAUGGUGUGGACAACUUCCCUUUGGUGAAAGAAGGCAUUGAGUGGCCUAAUGGAAUAACCCUGGAUCUCAUACAUCAGCGCCUCUAUUGGGUGGACUCCAAGUUUCACUCCAUCUCCAGCAUCGAUGUAAAUGGUGGGAACAGGAAGAUCAUCCUUGAGGAUAAGAAAAACGUAGUUCACCCUUUUGCUGUCACAGUCUUUGAGGAUAAGGUUUUCUGGUCGGACAUCAUGAACGAAGCCAUCUUCAGUGCCAACCGCUUGACUGGAGCUGAUAUCACAGUUGUGGCUGAGGGCUUGUUUUCCCCUGACGAUAUUGUCCUGUACCAUAACCUGAAGCAGCCAGCAGGGGAGAACUGGUGUGAGAAGAAUGGCCUCUCCAAUGGCGGCUGUGAAUACCUGUGCCUACCUGCCCCACAGAUCACUGCCCACUCACCCAAGUAUACAUGUGCCUGCCCAGAUGGCAUGCCCCUGGCUGCUGACAUGAGGAGCUGUACCCAAGGUCCUGCUGCUGCUAGCGCCUUGCCCAGCACCACAACUGGGAGACCUGCUGUAAGGGCCACGCCUCUGACCCGGCUGCUAACCACAACCAACACACCAAAACUGACCACAAGACAAUCUCCAGCCACCACCGGGCAGCAGAACAAGCAUGCUGGGGACUUCCCUGGCCUUACCACACCAGAGAUGGUCACCCUGUCCCAGCAAGUGCAAAACGGUAUUGCUGCAGAGACCAACCAGGAGAAGAGUGGCCCCACUGCACUCUCUGUUGUCCUGCCUCUGGUGCUCAUUAGCUUGGUUGCCUUCGCUGCUUUCUUGGUGUGGAAGAACUGGCGUCUCAAGAACACCAACAGCAUUAACUUUGACAACCCGGUCUAUCAGAAGACGACAGAGGAUGAGAUUCACAUCUGUCGGAGCCAGGAUGGCUACACAUACCCCUCGAGACAGAUGGUAAGCUUGGAAGAUGAUGCUGCAUGAACAGUCUCCAGGAUGUGCCUCUAGUCAGACGUUGCUGCUCACUUUAACGGGAGAAGAAACACCCAAAUUAUUUCCCCCCUGUUUUACCCCUUCUUUAUCAGCUGUCCAGCCCAUGCACAGUGCCACACUGCUGCCUGAGCAACUUGAUGGGGUCCCUCUGCUUCUUUGACAGAAAACCAGCCCUCCAGUCAGCUGGGAACUGAAUGUGCAUGAGGUUUGACUGUC